AUGAUGUUAACACGAAAGGCUACUUUGGACGACAAAAAACUGUCUGUCUUGUCUCCGGGGUUGCAAGCGAAAUUUGACGCCAUCAAGAAGCAGCACGCUGAGGAGAAGAAGAAACUAGAGGAGAAGCGUAGAAUCUUGGCUGAAGAAAUGGCUGCCUUCGAACGCCGAAAGCAACUAGCAGAACAAGCCAAGCAGGGCAACUUGACAAUGAAGAAAAAGAAGUGA